AUGGACCAUACUAUUGAGAAAGGUGACGCUGGAGCAGAUAUCAUGGCACUUUUUUCUUAUUGUGCUGAUAGAUGUCGAGAUGUGACUGCCGGUUUCUGUUGUAAAUUUUCUGUAUAUAUAAAUGACAUAGCUACUGAAAAGGUUUCAAUGCCUAUUAGUUUGAUUUUGAAGCUUUAUGCUCUUGGUCUGUAUAUACUUGAUGGCAAGGUUAAACCAAAAGACGGUGGUUCGAGAACUUCCGAAGAUGAGGAAGAUGGCUCUACAAUGUCAAUACUCUUGGGCAAUGGGCACAGACUCAACUCUUUACCAUCUUUAUUCAGUUUAUUGAGAAGUUACUUCCACAUCGAGUCCAAAAGAAUUUAUUCAUCAUCCAAUGAUCUAUCCGAGGAUUCUUUUAGCCUUACAUGUUCAAGGAUAGAUCUUGACUCUGGCACUUCUAUAUCCUCUAAGGAGAGAGGCGAUGAGACUUAUUUUGUGUCUUACUUAAGUGCAUUGAAAUUUUUGUGUCAGCUGCUUGCUGAAUUGAUAAACUCAGAAAGGAAACACAUAAUUGCUGGAAGUGAUGUUGAUUCUGCUUCUCCCCAGUUCUGUGCCAUGCAGGAUGCUUGCAAUCAUUUCUUGGAUGUUUUUGUUUUCUUUAAAAGUGCAACCUCCGCGGAGGUUGCGAGCUUCGCGCCGCGACUAGAUGGGUCGCCGACCGCGACCUUCGCGGAGGUCGCGACGCAGAUCUGGUAG